UACAGAAGCCAGUCGGUCUGCAAGAUCUGUAAGAUCCGUUUUUCCAGUGAUCCUCAGAGUCAUGGGUGAAAGUGUACAGUUGCGUGCGGCAGUUGUUAUUGGGUUGUGGCUGUUCGGAGCCCUCAAUGCUGCUCCGGCCGCGAUCAAUGCCAUGCCGUUGCCAAAAGCUGACGCAGUGAGCUCAGCUACGCCCAUCAGCAGCCCUGAAGCUCAAGCUCCUCCGCUGGCCAAUCCGCUGCCGGCGCAAGAAACCGAGGGCGUGAGCUCAACCACGACCGACAACUAUGCGCAGAUUGCCCUUGCGUACACAUCGAAACCGAGCACGUUGGAACGGCUUCACUAUUCGGCGGGAGUGCACAAGUUUUUCGUUGGGCCGCACGAGGACACCGUAAAGCGAACACUGGAGGAGUAUCACGACAAAUUUGAACGCUUCGAGCAGAAUGCCUUGCGGGUUAGCUUUGAAAUGACCACGCCAAGAUACAACAGGAAACCGCCAAGCGUUUACUAGUUGACUGUGCCUAGAGCACUCAACUGGCAGUUCACAUUUCAUCGCAGCAUCAGCGUGUGUCAACGAUGCGCUGGCCUAAUCUCGCGGGAUUCCCACAAGCAACAGGCUGAUUGAUAGUGAACCGAGAUGCGUGACCCGCGAGAAGCGCUUAUCAUUUCGUGAGCCAAUGACGCCGUGCUGCAUGCAUCCAAACAGUCAAUAAAUGAUAGUGAAC